ACCUUAGUUUCAGUUGUCAAUUCUUGUUCUAAGAGAAGUCUUCGGGUGUAUGUGAUGUCUUUUUUAUUAGCAGGUGUUAUUUUUCCAUGCGGGAACGUGGCUUCGUGACGUCAGCCGGCAUAAACUAUUCAGAAUCACCUUAUCGCAGAUGUGUUUAAGCAGGAAGAAGAACAAGACUUAAAUGAACGUCUAAGUGAUGGUGGAUUAAGAACGUUACAAAAUUAUGAAGUAAUGAAUUGAAUUCUACAGAUCGGUUUUUCAAGCAGGUGCCAUCAAAGGAAAUUAUUCAAGACAUUUACUGUUGGACUAGGUGGUACACAAAAUGAAACUUCGAGGCAUUUUCUUAGUAAUUCUGAGUGCCGUUCAGAUUCUGGGAUGUCAAAGCUUUGAAUUCAAAGAUUUGUUCGGUGCCUUCACGAAAAACGUCGAAUCAGCAAAUAUUCAGACAUCAUCUUCGUCAAAAAAUUUAAUUGAGAAUGAGGACAGACUAGAGAACGCGACCUUUUCGCUUAUCGAUGAUGUCGAUUACAAUUCAACUCUUACUGCCUUAAAUGAAAUGUUCGACAUGAUUUCUUCAAAUCAGCAAAACACAUCAAACGAAUUGUUGAUGAAUGCUAAUUUGACAGACGUAGUCAUGGACGGUUCUGAAGUCGAAGUAAAUGUACCAAGUAGCCAACUUAUUACAAGUGCUGAAAAAUCCUCUUCAGUUACUCAGACGUCCACCGUCACUGCAGAGAUGAACCAAGUUUGGAAUAAAACUGAUAGCAGCUUAAAUAAUGUAACAACAGAAGAACCCGAAGAAGUAGUUUUGAAACAGCCAUCCACUUUUACUUACGUUACAAAAACUAUUUACCAAAAGACUGCUGACUUUAUGGGAGAUCCUUACAUGCUUAGUAUUUUCGUACCAAUUGCUGCUGGAGUUUUGUUUGCUCUCGUAAUUAUUCUUACCAUUGCCACAUGUCGAUGUAUCAAGAAAAAAUGCCGUCGAAGGAGAUUUAGAAAAAGAGUUCUACCGGAUUCAAUAAAAAGCCUAAGACCUUCUGAUCAAGCAAGACUAUUGGGAGAUUGUUGUGACUCUUCUGAUGAAUUUUAAGAACAAAAGUGCUCUUAUAUUUUCUCAUGAUACUUAAAAGCACGCUGUGAAAUUAAAUAUAUAAGACAGUUUUUUUUGGAAUAGAAUCUAAAUGAUCUGUACACUAUCGAAAUAGUUCUAUUGUGCUGAAACUAGGAUAUGUGUGAAUUAUGAGCAACACAAUGGAGAAAUUCAAGUAGAUUAGAAGUCUAUAACUUUGGUGAAAACAUCAAAAUGUUUGAUAAUCAAUUGUUGAAAACUAGUAAAAAGGUCAAAAGAUGUUUCCAGUUUGUUUCGCCUAGAAGUAAUUUUACAGCAGUUAUUUUAUAUUCUUGAAUAAAUUAAAGAACGCCACCGCUUAGGCUGAAAGUUUGGAUUGUUGGAAAUUAGAAUGUUCUGGAAAGUUUCGCAGUUUAUAAUGGCAAAUUUGUUUUGUAUGAGUUUUCCUAGUCAACUACCUAUUGAGAUUUUUAUUAAAAAUCUAAGGUGUUGGUAUUAUUUUCUUAUGAUGAAAUAAAAUCAUUGAUAAUUGU